GUCACUUGGUCAGCUGAUUGCGGGUCGUAAAGCUUCUCGGCCAGUUUAGUUAGCUUAGCCUAGCUGGGUGUUUGUUUUCGUUAACGUUACUACACGGGUAGCUUUUAACGUAACACAGAACUUUAAAAACAAACAAAACAACUACAACUUAACAAUUUAACACAUUUUAAACUGUUCUGCGGUCUCUCUGUGCGUGUGUUGCGGUGAAGUUGACGUGAGUGAGGCAGUAAUUAUUCCUGCAGGGAGGGUGAAGUUGCUCUCCGUGUCUCUCUGCAUUGCAGCCCCGGCGGCGCUGCUGAUGGAAUUCAAACACACAACAAUGGCGACUCACGGUCCGAACAACUCAACAACACCGAGCGGCAAUAACCCAGGCUCCGCAGCGCACCACCACCACCAGCCCCAGCCUCAGCACAUCACCACCGUGAGCAGCAUGCAGGAGUCCAACACCUGCUGGAGAUGUCAGAGUGAAACAGGCUUUCAGAUAAACCUGUCUGGAGCUCCCCCAAGUAAACGCAAAGCCCUGAAGCUGAACUUUGCCAACCCUCCGAUCAAACCCACGACUAGAUUCACACUGAACACGGCGGGGCCGCCCUUUCAGAACCCGCACAUAGAGAGGCUGAGAACGCACAGCAUCGAGUCAUCAGGAAAGUUGAAGAUCUCCCCGGAGCAGCACUGGGAUUUCACGGCCGAGGAUCUCAAAGAUUUGGGCGAGAUCGGCCGAGGGGCUUACGGCUCCGUCAACAAGAUGGUGCACAAGCCGAGUAACCAGAUCAUGGCGGUCAAGAGAAUUAGGUCAACGGUUGAUGAAAAGGAACAGAAGCAGCUGCUGAUGGACUUGGACGUGGUCAUGAGGAGUAGUGAUUGUCCUUACAUUGUGCAGUUUUAUGGCGCUCUUUUCAGAGAGGGUGACUGUUGGAUUUGUAUGGAACUUAUGGCUACCUCGUUAGACAAAUUUUACAAAUUUGUAUAUUGCUCAUUAGACGACGUGAUUCCAGAAGAAAUCUUAGGGAAAAUAACAUUAGCUACUGUGAAAGCACUUAACCACUUAAAAGAAAACUUGAAAAUAAUACACAGAGACAUUAAGCCGUCGAACAUCCUCCUGGACAGGAACGGCAACAUAAAGCUGUGCGACUUUGGCAUCAGUGGUCAGCUGGUGGACUCCAUCGCCAAAACCAGAGACGCGGGAUGCAGACCGUACAUGGCGCCAGAGAGAAUAGACCCCAGCGCGUCCAGGCAAGGCUACGACGUCCGCUCAGACGUUUGGAGUCUGGGAAUCACACUGUAUGAGCUGGCUACAGGACGGUUUCCCUACCCGAAGUGGAACAGUGUGUUCGACCAGUUGACCCAGGUGGUGAGGGGAGACCCGCCGCAACUCAGCAACUCGGAGGAGAGGCGCUUUUCCCCCAUGUUCAUCGCCUUUGUCAACGCGUGCCUUACAAAGGAUGAGUCGAAAAGGCCAAAGUACAAAGAGCUACUGAAAGACUCGUUCAUCCAGAUGUACGAGGAGCGCUCGGUGGACGUGGCCGGUUACGUCUGCAGGGUUCUGGAUCAGAUGCCGGCUUCUCCCAGCUCGCCCAUGUAUAUGGAUUGAUAGCAGCAGGACGAAACGAAAACACAUCAAUAAAUAUACACAAGUCUGCAACAAUAAAGACAUGACAAGUAAAAAAAAAAAAAAAAAAAAAAAAAA